CUAAGCGUGUCGAAGAGAUGGCCGUUUUUCGGCUCUAGUUUUGGGAGCCUGGCCGCUUUUUCGGGAAAAAAAUCAAAACCGAGGAAGGGAGAUUUUCCGGCGCCGCCAGAUAUUAUCCGGAAACAGAUAGAAGAGGCGAGUCUGCACUUCCCAGCCUGGCCCAUAUUGUUCCACCAAGUUCUUUUCACCAUGUCGUGACUCGGUUCUAAUUCUUCCUCGGUCCCUCUAUUCCUUUCACUGUGGACUCUUGAAAUCUCCCAUUUGUCUUUGAUUUGGGUAAGAUUCGGGUGCGUGAGUCUCCAUAAUAACGAAAAGCAAAACAGGGAAAAAUGGGAAGAAUCUUCGUCGUGGAGCUGGAGGGCAGGUCUUACAGGUGCAAGUACUGCAAAACCCACUUGGCCCUUGCCGAUGAUCUCAUCUCUCGGGCUUUUCAUUGCCGACGAGGUAAAGCAUACCUCUUCAAUAAUGUAGUGAACAUCACAGCUGGAGUACUAGAGGAAAGGAUGAUGCUUUCAGGAUUGCAUACGGUGGCAGAUAUCUUUUGCUGUUGCUGUGGUCAAAUAGUUGGCUGGAAAUAUGAGACUGUGCAUGAGAAGAGCCAACAGUAUAAAGAGGGGAAGUUUGUUCUUGAGAGAGGAAGGAUUGUUGAUGAAAUUGAUAUCUCCCCUGAAUUCUAUAUUGACACCCAUGCCAGCAUGAGUGAUGCUGAAGACGCUUAGCAUGUUUCGUUCUGGUCAUCAAACACUGCUUUUGUAUAUAAAUGAUUAUAAUAAUUGUAAUAACUAUAAUAAUAAUAAUAACAACAACAAUGGUGUUGCUUCCCCCCCCCCCCCGGGGGGAUCUAGCAUGAUUGCGUUUUACUUUUUUCCUUGUUUUUUAAUACUGGAGCAGAUGAACAGGAGAGACUUCUCCAGUGUGUAAAGCUUCUGGAUGGAAAUGGAUUAAAAGUAUCAAACACU